UCCAGAGAGCAAGAUGGCAGCAAAAUCCGAUGGCUUGGGGGUCGUUACCGGUUUCGCCCAGCUGCACAACCUGGACGAGGCGGCCGGCGACGAGGAUGCGCUGGACAGCGCGGCUAUACACAUCUGCCACUGCUGCAACACGUCGUCGUGCUACUGGGGCUGCAGGAGCGCGUGUCUGCAGUCGCUGCUGGGAGACAGGGAUGCUGCUGCUGCUGCUGCUGCUGUAGGAGGAGGAGGAGGAAGCAGGCGGCCGCAGCAUCAGCACCAGCGGGAGGAGCGCCUGUGGCUGGACUGCCUCUGGAUCGUCCUCGCGCUGCUCGUCUUCUUCUGGGACGUCGGCACGGACUUGUGGCUGGCGUUGGACUACUACUUCAAACGGGACUAUCUGUGGUUCGGGCUCACGCUGUUCUUCGUGCUGGUGCCGUCGGUGCUGGUCCAGAUCCUGAGCUUCAGGUGGUUCGUCCAGGAUUACGCCGGCGGCGGGCUCGUGGCCGUGGAGGGGCUCAGCAGAAAAGCCACGGCGGAUCUGAGCUCGCGCAUCUACGGCAGGGACAGGUGCUGUGUGAUCUCCAUUUGGAUCUGGCAUGCAUGUGUGCACAUCCUUCAGAUGGGACAAGUGUGGAGGUAUAUCCGCACAAUGUACCUGGGCAUCCAGAGUCGACGGCAGAAGGAACACAGGCGGCGCUUCUACUGGGCGAUGAUGUACGAGUAUGCUGACGUCAACAUGCUCCGGCUGCUGGAGACGUUUCUAGAGAGUGCCCCACAACUGGUGCUACAACUCUGUAUAAUGAUCCAGAAGAACCGGGCCGAGACGCUGCAGUGUGUCUCCUCCGUUGCCUCCCUACUCUCACUUGCCUGGGUUUUGGCUUCAUACCACAAACUCCUGCGCGACUCCAGAGAUGACAAAAAGAGCAUGAGCUACAGAGGCGCGCUGAUCCACAUCUUCUGGAGGCUUUUCACCAUAUCUUCACGGGUGCUCUCCUUCGCCCUCUUCGCUUCCAUCUUCCACAUCUACUUCGGCAUCUUCGUGGUCGUGCACUGGUGUGCCAUGGCUUUCUGGAUUGUGCACGGUGGCACAGAUUUUUGCAUGUCCAAAUGGGAAGAGGUGCUCUUCAACAUGGUGGUGGGCAUUGUCUACAUCUUUUGCUGGUUCAACGUGAAAGAGGGCCGAACCCGGUUCCGCAUGGUGAUCUACUACUUCGUGGUGCUUGCCGAGAAUACGGUGCUUACUUGCCUGUGGUACGCCUACCGAGACCCAGUCACCACUGACUCCUAUGCAGUGCCGGUGCUCUGUGGGGUUUACCUGACCUUCGCCUCAGGGGUGGUGUUCAUGGGCAUCUACUAUGGGUUCCUUCAUCCGAUGGGACCUAAAACAAGGCUGCUAGCCAGCUCCUGUUGUGCCGAGCUUCUUUGGGGGCUUCCAUUCCCCCCGGAGGCCGAGCCCAUGGUUCUCACCCCUGGACCGCGAGCGUCCCAACCCACUCCCAGUCGGGCUUCCAUGGGGGCCUUUGGCCAGCUUGACGACGCCUCGGUGGACUCCUGCCUGCCCGUGUUUCAGGUGCGCUCACCCGAGUCCACCACUCCCUUGGGCCGCUACCGGCCGGAGGGACCUCUGAUCAAGAUUGACAUGCCUAGGAAACGCUACCCGGCAUGGGAUGCACACUUCGUGGACAGGCGCUUGCGAAGGACGAUAAACAUCCUGCAGUUCAUCACGCCCGCCACCGUCGGGAUCAGGUACAGGGACGGACCGCUGCUGUAUGAGCUCCUGCAGUAUGAGUCGUCCCUGUGACGUCUGCAACGUUUUGUGAAAUGCAUGCCAUUUUGGUUUCCGUAUAAAUGUGUACUUGUGUGUAAAAGAGUGUAAGCAUUAAGCAUUGCACAUUUUUCUUUUACGUGAAAAGCCUCUAGAAGAUGUGUAUAUAUUUUAUAUGUAGAUACUGUCUCUUUUUUAAAAUAUCCGUUUAGAAAUGUGUCCCUGUGAAGGGAUAUGUAUGCGUCAUGGUGUUUACGGCCAGAUGAAACCAUAACAUUGGAAAAAUGGAGAUUGGUUGACCACGUCAACACCGCCUUGUGUUUUUUUUAAACAAAUAGCUGAUCUGAUAUUUCAGAGCCUUUUUCACAUUUGCAUUGAUCGAUAUGCACAAGUGGUGGUUUAUAUACAAAAAGCACCUGCUAUAACCUAGAUUUUCCACUUGUGAUUUGUAUUGAUGAUGCAAUCAAGUCACUUAUUUUCGGUAAGAGUUGUUGAUUUUUGAGUAGGAAUUCUACUUGCAAACUACGGUAUAGGGAUUUGGCCUCUAGUGAAUUAAUCACUAUACACGCCCCUUUACACUGACCUCUGCAGGUGAGAAUCCACCUGUCAGACAAAAUCCAAGUGGCAUUCAUUGUCUGUUUGCCUUAAAAUCUGUAUUUAGUUUAUUAAAGUGUCUUGAUUAUUGUAUUCUUUGGUUAUCAAAGAAAUACCUCAUUGACUCGUGUGACUUGUAUAGCACAGUUCAAAUCCAUUAAAUCCUUUGCACAAUAAGUAUGGUUAAUAUUGCACUGAGAAUCAGGAUAGAUCUGUUUAGUGGGAAUUUAUAUCAAGAAUUAAAUAAUAAAGCACACAGCUCUUGGGCGGUUUUGAAGGCACAGUUUUAUAAAGAGAAUAGCAUAUUGAUUGAAAUCCUCAAUUAUUUGGAUGUUUUUAUUUCUCGGCUUUGUUCACACCGCAAGCCAGAAUCUCCUCAUUCUAAUUUUCAGCUGCUUAAAUGAUAUGUACUAUUUAGUGUUCUAUUUCUGUUAUAAUUAAUAUUAAUAUUUUUAUUGCAUGUCUAGAAAUCAAACAGUUUAGCAUUAUUCCACUGACCAAGUGCCAAGUAUAAUUGGUUGAUUGGAAAACACAUCAGAUUCAGCUGUGGUGUGAACAUAAAGCGUGUUUUAUCUCAUCAGAAUUAAGCACAGAAAAGCCCCGACAAGGUGGCGUUGUAUGACUGGUCAUCUCCAUUAUUUCAACCUCUUUUCAAGCAUUUAGACUGCAUAGUGUGUAAACGGUUACUACUCUCAUCUGUUUGUCUGGUUCCCUCAUCCAAAAUUCCAAGUAAUAAACUUGUGAGGUGCAGAAAUGUGGCAUCGGGUCUCCGAGAAACCCUAGCCCACAUAUUUUUCCUAUGUGCAAUGACAGUUUUUUAAUGUUUAUUUUAUUCUAAGGUGCAACAAGAUGCUAAGCUAAUGGCAUUUGAAGUUAUCUUUGCCUGAAUAUACCUGAGUGUAUUUACCCAAGUAACCUUGUCAGAGUCUUACCAGGAGGAUUUUGAGAUCGUCUGAAAAGAGGAUGAUAAUCGCCUCAACACACAGGGCUCGCUGCCGACCGCAGCGCGAAACAAAGCCAAAUCACAUCCUCUACUGUAACAGUCUCUCUCUCUGCUAUUGGUGCAUCCAGCUGCCUGUCAAGGUCCUCCUUCUUGCUGAUUGGUGCUUAUAGUGAAGCAUUUCUUUCUUGCUAAGCAUGCAGUUUGUUUUUUGGUGCUACUUUGAUUAUUUUGCCAUGUGAAAACUGUGGGAUUAUUAAAAGUGCACCAAGUAUUUUUUUUUUUUUUUUUUAAUACCAUGAAGAAUUUUGCCUGCUGCGAAAUAAAUAACUGCACUUCUGAAAAAUGUUUAAAAGGAUGUACAUGAAAAAACAGUUCUUCCUUUGCAAAAUGUAUGAGAUGUCAAAAAAUUUGGUCUAGGAGAAAUUUGCUAUUUCACAAAAAAUGGCACAUUAAAUGAAACAUCGAUUUAAAUACUAUCAUCUUGUAAAAUGUUCUCCAACAAUAUACAGCUUUAAAAACACUUUAAAUAUAAAUAGCUCUUCUAAACAAUUGGUAAAUUAGUCAUUUUUUAGUCAGACUGAGCUAUUUUAAACAAUAUUAUUGAAUAAAAAUAA